UUUACUCACGUUUUAUACUACUGGAAACGUUUUGUUUCUGACUUCACGCAGAUCAAGCUACAGAAACAGCCUUAUCAUGUUCGACCGAUCUACACACAGAAAAAAAAUACAUAAAACAUAGUUUAGCUAAUGAGUUUUGGUUUGUUACUACUUGGCAAAUAAAAUAGCUAAGUGUUGCUUUUCCAGUGAUUAUGCAUUUGUUUUCUGUUCUCACGCUUUUACUUACGGGGCAUGUCACCGCGACUGCAGGACAAGCGGAUGACGUGACAGCGGUCUUUAAAGGGGAAACUUGGCAGGAUUUCCCCCUCUGCUGGAGAAAUUGCACAUUAUGCUAUUUCAAACUGUGUGAAAAGGGUACAGAAAUACUGAAUAUGUAUGCCCUGGCCAGUUUUUCCCCAUUGCAAAAAAGUUACCUUCUGCUGAUUUGCUCUUUAAAUCAAGUGUACCUGGAAGCUCUGAAAAGCAGGUGGCAAACAGGACUCAUAUCUUACUCCCCUCGUAUCAGUUCAAAGGCAACUACAUAUACAUUCCUGAGGUAAUGAAACAGCAUGAGGGAGAGUACUGUUGGAGUUUUCCACAUGUGUUUAAUAUGGAAUUGCCAGUGAUCAAUCUCAUUCUCAAGGAUUGCUCCGUCCAUAGUGAAGUAACUUAUGGUGAGAAGUUUAGUCUGGAGGUGCCAAAGAAUGUGUCCAUAUUGGAGUUCACCACUCCAAAAUCGACUGACCGCAGGGUUCUGUGGAGUCGGAUCAACGCAGAUAACAAACGAGGAGCCAGGGCGGAGGUGACACAUGAUCGCUGGGAGGCUGUCAAGAUCACCUACGCCGAUGAAGGUCGCUAUACUUUCCUGAAGGAGAACGGUGUCGAGAUCUCCAGCACUAUACUCUCUGUCACAGAACUCAAGAGACAAUACGAUUUGAGCGACGGGUCCAUCAAGAGAAAGUUCCCUGUUCCCUUAGCCGAGGCAGUGCUUACAUUUAUUGAUUCCUCCAAGGAUAAGCAUGUGCUUUUCCAGAACGCCAUGGUGACUGAAGAGGCAUUCCGAAUCUUUGGGUCUCGGAUAGACCUGCAUGCAGAGUUUGGUGAACUGGUCCUCACUAUUACGGACCUGAAGUCAGGUGACAAGGGGCAAUAUGAGGUCCACGACAAGAACAAAAGCCGUGCCGUUGUUAUGAAUGUCUAUGAUAGCAGUGAAUCUUCAAAUGAAAGCCUGCUGGUGUCCAACAUUGUUUCCGUUAUCGGUACACUGCUGUUGCUGCUGGGCAGCUGCUGCUUUGUGAGGAGGUGUUGUGGGAGUUGUAAAAAGAUCUAUGCCCCUGUUGCUUCACCAUCCCCCGCUCAGCCCAUCCACAUCCAUGAUCCUGUUGCCAUGUCUACACCAACAUCCUCCCUCCCACCUCCACCUGUGGCUGUGGCGAGUGCAGACCGUCCACCGUGGUUUCAGCCCUAUUCUUCGUUACCUCAGCACAUGGAUAGUCAGCCACCUCCUUACUCUGAGGUGGCAGGCAGCUGUUCUGAGCCUUGCCCUCCAUAUACUCCUGCUGCUCCUUCUUGGGCUUCAGUCGGAGGAGGAGCAGUAGGAACAGCAGGAGGAGCAGAAGGAGGAGGAGGAGAAGGAGGAGCAGGAGAAGCAGGAGGAGGAACAAGAGGAGGAACAGGAGCAGGAGAAGUAGGAGGGGGAGGAGCAGGAGCAGAUACCAAUCCUGUUUCUAGUGUUCCACUGGACCCAGGGCCCCAGUACCAGCUCCAGGGGUGGGGUGGGGGUCUGGAUGAUUUUCUUACAAGUUCACCUCUUAGCAUGGACACCAACACUGGCACCAGCGCCUACAACUCAGACAAGCUCAACUUUUGAGGGGUAAAAAAAAUAUCUGAUUUCAGGAAAGAUCUUCUUUCUUUUUUCACAUUUGCUCAUUUAGCAGUUGCUUUUGUCUGAAGUCACAGUGUAGCAUAUUACAAGCGCAUGUAGUGCAGUCUUAUGUGUUCCAUUCAGCUUGUUCUCUUUCUGCAGGUCCUUCAUGUUAACGUCAGUGCCAACGCUAGAGGUGAUGAAGCGCACCCUACAGGGUCGAUGCAAGAGGCUCAAAUUCAGACCUCUGCCUGUACUCUGGCACAAAAUAAGUACUUUUUAUAAUAUUAUUUAUAAUAUUAUUUAUAAUAAGGACACAUUUAGAGAUGUGCUAGCAACAGUCCCUGCUGCCUAUACUUUUUGCCGUCUGGCUAGCACACACUCCUUGCUAGCACACUUUUCUCUUUAGCUAAACUAAGCUAUCGGGCAGAAAUGAAACACACAGGCAGCAGUUUAGCAGCAGUUCAUGAUCUUGCUGUGCAACUUCCUAAAACAAUCGGGUUGGGAAGGGGUAAACAAAUCUGUAUAGUAUUAAUACAUUUAUAAAUUAUAAGACAUGUAAGUUAUAGAAGAUAAAUGGUAACUGGUUAAUAAUACUAAUAUUACAUUUGUUUAACAUGUCAAUAAGCCUAUAAAACUGUGUGAACAAGUAUGUGAACAAUGUGGGAACAACAUACAGAUAUGUGCAAUGUAGUAGCAGUAAUAAUAUAAUGGUAGUAAGAAUAAUAUAGAUAUAUGCAGUGUAUUAACAGAAUAUAUUAUGAGAAAAACAGAUAUGUUACAGGGGGUCAUCCCUAUGUUCCCUGGGUCCUAUGUUCCCUGCUCGGGGUUAGGGUUAUGGUUAGGGUUUUAAAAAAGGGUCCUAUGGUCCCCGCUCGGGGUUAGGAUUAGGGUUAUGGUUAGGGUUUUAAAAAAAGGGUCCUAUGUUCCCCGGUCCCAUACAAAGCGGGGAACAUAGGUACGCUCCCUACGUACAGUAUGUACAGCUAUGUGCAUAUAUAAGUGAUAGGAAAGCCACAUGUACACCUGCAUGAAUAUGAAUAAUGAAUUAAAUCAAACAUUUUACUUUUAUGUUCAUGCAGAAAAAUUUAAACAAACUCGCUCCUUUUGUUUAUAUUGAGGUUUUAUCACCAAAACCAUGGGUAGCCUGAUACUACCAGACUUACUCACUUUGUGAAGAAAGUCUGGCUACUCUCUAUUGGGAAAUGUUUCCAACCAUCAUAGGCAGAGACUGUAGUAACUUUAAAAUCAUUGUUCCAACCCAGCGGUUCUCAAAGUGUGGGGCGGGCCCCGCUAGUGGGGAAUAGAGACAUGAAAGGUGGGGCGCGAUGAACAGGAGGACAUUUUGUAUUUUGUGCCUAUCUUUAACAGGAGGACAUUUUGUAUUUUGUGCCUUUUUUGUGCCUUUCUUUUUUGACAAGGAAGAUCAUAGAUUCAAAACAAAAUAGCCACACACAAACAUAGGAGUCAUAGGCAGACCAACAUAUGAAGUAUAACAAUAAAUUAGAAUCAUCAGAUUGAGACGGGAAAUGGAACCAAAAUGUGAAAAUAAUAUUUUAACAUGACCAUUUUGCCAGGGUGAUGGGCUCAGGUGGGGCUUGAAAAUUCCCCACCUCCAAAGUGGGGAAUGAUGGAAAAAGUUUGAGAACCACUGGUCCAGCCUAAUCAAUCACAUUGAUCAGGGAUUCCUAGCGUUCCUACUUCCUACUUUUCUUAACCUUUAUAAAUGGAUAAUAAGCCACAUUAGCAGUCAGGAAACGGUGUAUGUAGUACCUUUGCUGCAUAAAUGGACACAUUCUUUCACUGCAAUUUUUUGAUGUUUUCGAGCCUUGCUCCUACCAUAUACCACUGCCACUUUCAAUUUCGAAACUAACGUCAUCACCUCUCGACACUGAUUGACCCGCCAUCCUGGUGGCCGAUCGAGGGAAACGAUUAUGUGCAUCGGCUGCAUUUUGUUCCCAUGGAAAUAUAAACACCAACCAAGGCCUUGUCACAUUUUGCCUCACCAAGUAUCACUAUUAUGCACUUCUAUUUUUCAGUUUUACAGUACCACUGUUACAGAUUUAUACUAAACCCCGUUUCUGUAUGUAAAAACAUAUGUUUAUUUAUUUUUUAUUAAUUUGUAUACUAUGCAUACAAGCUUGUCCUCUGAUUCUAUUCCAUCCUCUGUAUUUCUAUAGCUGUUUUGUUUAUUGAAUACAUGUUUAUUUUAUCUGAACAUGAACUAAUCAACAGGUUGAGACAUUUGAAAUAUACUUGUGCUUUAAAAGUGCAAUAUGUAAUUUGAAACAAAAACAUUUCCUGAAAUCUAUCCAAAUUUGAAGGCCCAAGGAGUGAAAUACGCAAAGAUUAAUCCGCAAAGAUGCAAAAAAAAUCUAGUAUAACUCUGGAGUCUUAGUUUAAGAUGUUUUUCAUGAAUCAAUUUGGUUUGUACAAUAGGAAGUGCAAGAUAGGAAAAUGCUUAAUGUUAUGAAAGCCUUAAAUAGACAAUAUACAAAAUAAUACAAAGAUAUCAGGGAAGUGAUACCAAGGCCUUUAUUGUUGAUAAUAAUCAAGUCAGUACCUCUCUCUUAGUUUCUCAGGCUUUGAGAUAGUCAUUGAAUCAGUGGACAUGUUUUUUGCAAACCAUAUCGGUAUCUGUAAUAUGUAUGUAAUAUUUGAAGAAUUGUGUUUUCUUAAUGUGUGUGAAAUUGUGGUCAUGUGUAUGUAUAACAAUAAAAUAAAAAAUAUAGGUCCAGCAUCCCGUAUGGAUUAAGCCUAGUCCUAGACUAGACAUCUCCAUUGAAGUUCUCUUGUAGUUCAGGACUACACUUAAUUCAUGUACAGAAAACUAGCCAAUAGUAUGUGAUUGAGUAUAUUUAGGCUAUACUAGAAUAGUCAAAGUAGUUAUAAGCUGUUACCUGCCAUUUACAAGAAUAUUACUCUGUCCUGUUUAACAUAUUGCUGUAAUAAACCAUAGACCUCUGAAUUUUGAUGAGGACCCAAAGCUGCCAUCUUUGCCUUAAAUGCAUAUAGACAGCUAUUAGUACAUUUGGCCGUGAGUGCCAUUGGUCCUCACUCAAAGAACCAAAUGCCUUGUGAUUGUUUUUAAAGCUAAUGGUCCGAAGCCUUGAGUCUUCUCUUCACGUGACCACAUGUUGAAAUAAAACUGGUGUAACCCGUAGUAUUGAAUUUUUGAAUCUUGAAUUUCUUGAGUCUUGACUUGGGGAUCAAUAAAGUAUCUAUCUAUCUAGUA